AUGGUCACAGUAGAAGGUAUAAUGAAUGACGUUAGUAAUAACUCGAUCACAAGCGUGCGAUUAGCUCAGCAGACCGGAACAAAUAAUAAUCAGAAGGUGUCAGAUCUGGAGAAUAUGGUGGGUGUGGCAGUAUAUCCCAUCCAAGCUGUAAAAGCUUUUGGCGAGUUACCAAACUUGUAUGAGAUAUCCGGACUGCACGCUGUGGUGGUGUGCCUAUUGUUGGGUGCGGUAGUGCUCGUGGUCGGUCUCGUCCAACUCGUUCCGGGUGCAACGACCACCAACCACAGGUUGGCGUUACUGGUGGCAGGCGCUGCCCUACUUAUACUUGGCUUUAUCUUAGCGGGUGUGAGAUGUUACGUAUUACACUGCGUGCCACUUCCGGUCGAGUCACCGAUCGCGACACCGAUUCCGCCAACAGGCGAACAGGCGCCCGUUGUACCUAAAGGCACCUUGGAUCUCUUAGUAGGUCAUCAAAACCAGCCGGAGACAGACGCUUUGAUGCAACAUCGAGAACAUCAUCACCACCAUCAGCACCACAGCUAUCAUCAUCAUAACAACCACAAGAAGAAACGCAGUUCUCAGGGUUCACAUUCCGAAGAGGCCUAAAAUACAAACGAACGGGCGAAGAAGAAAAGGCAGAAUGGAAUGGAGAGGAGAAAAAUGAUCGAGUUACGGGAUAUUGUUUGAAUCCAGUGAAGAGAGUCAAUAUCAAGCGAAAAGCAAAGGGAAAUGAGAGAGAAAAAAAGCCGAAACUGGAUGAAUUUCUUUGGAAGGGAGAACAAUGCCAUUCUUUCGUAAUAUCUUGAAAUAUAUGCGAAAUUUCCUAGAACGUGACGCAUCCUUCGCGAUCAAUGAUGUAAGAUGGAACUACACCGAAAGUCAACCGAAGGAAAAUAAUCGGCCUGACGUUGAGAUAAGAGGUAGUACUGAAGUGAGCAGUAAAUUAUUAAUAGCACGGACGAACAAUCUUGUUUGGCUGAAAAGGAAACGCUGACGUCUGGGAUAUUCUGUGUAUAUCCUGUAUAUAUGCUAAUGUGUAUAUAGAUAUGAGAGUACAGAGUGGUUUUCUAAAAAAAGAGAAACUCGUGGAAUAUGUUUCUUCUUGUAAGGAGAAAUAAUUUAUUAGAGGUUUUAUUUAUCAGAGGUAUAGAACAAAAGAUUUAUAUUACUGAAAUGAGAUUUUGUCUUUUGACAUUUUUUUGUAAUAAAGGAAACUGCUAAUCAGAUUUUGACGAAAUAUCGGCGAAAUCUUAGUUACGUACAUCAGUAUCUAUAUACAUAUAAUAUACAACAAUAUAAACUAAUUUACGUUGCAAUUGUAUAUGCCGAGGCAAGUGCACUUUUCUACCUGAUGUACCGAGGAUUCGAUAUAUCUAAUGACAUUCUUUUGUCACAAGACUUCUAGUAGAGAGAUUUUGUAGAGAAGACAUUUAAUCUACCGAUUAGUACAGAGUAGUCUGUUAUUGGUCAUGUAACUGGGAAGGAAUAACAGUUUUUAUAGUCAAAAAUAAAAGAAAAGCUUUUGAGAGAACAAAAUUUUGAGAGAUUCUUGAUAAUUUCGACAAUACUGAUGUUUUUUAUUAUUAUUUCUAA